AUGUCAGAUUCUGAAUUUCGACCAAAUAUGGUCGGAUCUAAUAGAAACAAGAAUGUUUAUAAUUUAAGUAUAGCCUUAGCCCCACACUUAGGUAUACCAACGGACGUCAUUGAACAAGCUUUAAUAAAAGCAAUAGAGCAAAAUAGUGCAGAUAUUUUCAAUGCUCUCCCUUCCCCGUUACAUAAUGGCAUACAAGAAACAAAACCUGUUGACGAACUAAGCCAAAGUACAGCACUUAUUUCUCCCCGUUUUAAUCAACCAUCACUUCUUGAUAUAGAUUCAAAAAAUCAUAUAACUCAAGAAUCUUCUCCGCUAUACAAAAAAAAUCGUAAAGAUUCUUUAUCAUCCCUUAUUGAAAUAACACAAAGCGGAUCAACGUCUAUUAAUAUUAAAUUGCCUAGCCUACACGUUCCGCCCCCAACAGUUCAAGGAGAAAUGACGAAUGGUCAAAGCAGUCCUCAAUCGUCAGGUCCAAUUGAUGAAAAUUUAAAUAGACCUCAGUACUAUGAUGAUCAGAACAUUUAUAAUGGAUCAAACAAUGAGAAUUUGAUUCAAAGUCAAGAAUAUAAUCCACCAUCACAGAGAGUUAACCAUGAAGUUCAAAACCAACAGAACGAUUCUAAAUUUGAUGCUUUUAAAGAAUAUAUUGGUCCACAACAAAGAGAACAAGAUGAAUAUAAGUCAUAUAACCAUAAUCAACAAAUUGAACAUGAUGUUUCUAUUCAAAGACAACGAAGUGACUUGCAAGUUAACCGUUUUCAAGAUACGUAUGAUUCAUUUACGCCUGGUGGUAAGAAUCGACAAAAUAAAUUUGCUGCUGAUUUUCCCGAAGAAUAUAGUCAGCCACAACGGAGAGAAUCUCAAGCAAAUCAAGUUCCGGAUCCAUAUAAUAAAACAUUUUCACAAGUAGUUAGUCCAAUAAAAAACAACCCUUCGGAAACAUACUUAUCCGAAUUUCCUUCUCUUUCGGAAUCUUCCAAAAUGAGUGACUCAAGGAAGAAUUCUGGAGUAGACCUUGGGGCUUGGGGCCAAAUGGAUGUAAAUUUUGCUUCUGCUUGGGGUGGUAAACCUAAAAAAUGGGUAUCAGAAACAGAAACAAAUACAUUUGAACCUCCCGCUACUACUUCUACUUGGAAUCCUGAUAAUGAAGAUCUUACAUGGAAACCUAUUCAGGAACCAAAACCGCCCAUUAAUAAAAAGAAACCCGCAAAAUUUGAACUUGACGAUUCUGAUGGAUGGGGUACUCCUCCAACGAAUACUAUUCCAUGGAACGAUAUGAGGCAAGGAUAUUGUGUCGACCUUAUAGAAGAGCAAAAAGAAACGAUAUUUUGGUCUAAGCAAAAUGGUAGUUGGGUCAAUGUAAGUGAGGAAUAUUCAAAGACGGUAAAAAUUAAAUCCGAUGGUAUUAAUCAAGUACGCUAUGAACGCCAAGGGACUCUUAAUGUGGAUAAUGGAGCUACAUGGGAUGAUCUUCGUGAAAACACAAGACGUGAACGUGAGAUGGAACGUGGUUUAAUUAAUGGAAAUACAACCGAUGAUAUAAUAGUUGAACUUACAGAUCAUUCAAAUGACAAUAGUGAUGGUUCGGAAGUUGAAAAUUAUCGGUCAAGCUCCGAUACCACAACAGGACCUGUACCUAUAGUUUCAGAAGGUUCUAGAGAACGCUUAGGUAAUCCUCAAUGGAAAACUGAAGAAGAAUGGCGGCACGAUUCUCAACCUCAACAAUUUAAGCAGGAAGUAGAGUGCGGUGACCUUAUUAACCUUGAAUUACCCGAAUCGAAAGAGUUAAAAGAAACUUUAACAGUUGUAAGCGAUAGAGAGGUUGACGAACCCAAUGAAGAAAUAUCCGGUUGGGAUAAAUGGAAAGAUAAUUCUGAAGAAAUUGCAGAGUUUAAGGAUGAUGCAUGGUUUACUGAUGAUAUGCCGAAACAACGAGAUGAUACUUCCAACCAAGAUCUAUUAAUUAAUAUUGAUUCGAAUAAUGAUAAUGAAGUUGCAGAAUCAACAAUAAUUAACACCCAUCCUCCGAUCUUUUAUGGUAGAAUCAAUAAUGAAAUGGCAAAAGAUCUAAAUGAUAUAUUUGAUUCUACAAAUUCUGUCAACACGGCCGAUAUGGCCAAGAUGACCAAUGUGGAUAUUGUAAACAAUGAAUUGAAUGAUGAAUUAAGUUUAUUGACAUUUGACGAUGAUGAGAAUAAAAUAUCAAAAUCAUCAGCUGGCCAGGAAGAUAUUAAUAAAGAUAAUAAAAACAAUCAAUAUAACUUUGAUGUUUUAGAAGAUUUUCUUAAGAACAACAACUAUAAACCUCCUGAUGCAAUCAUUAAAGAUUCGAACGAGUCGCAGGAAAAAGUGCCAGUUCUUCCCUAUGUCUUUAGUAUUAAUGAUAAAGAAAAUGCACCUAUUUCACAUUAUACGACACCAUUAACAGUGUCUGAUAAUUUCAGUUCAUUUGCGCCACCAUCUAGAUCUUACCGUUGCGAGAAUUCGUCACAAGUAAAUGUCGAAUCUAUGAGUUCUUCAUCCGCGAUUGAUAAUAACGACAAAAAAUUAGAGCAUAAUGAUUAUAGGCAAGAUCUAGAUCAAAACGAUCAAAUACUUGAUCAAUAUAAAGCUUCCGUCAACGAAAGUCAAAUACUUGAUCAAUAUAAAGAUUCCGUCAACGAAAGUCAAAUACUUGAUCAAUAUAAAGAUUCCGUCAACGAACCUCAAGGUGCAGCAGAUCCAAAUGAACCUAACUCGAAUUCCACAAAAACGGCACCUAACGAUAAAGACUUUAUUAUUAAUCUUACCGUUGAAACUCCAUCAAAUGGAAGACAAAUAUUACGUCUACGUUAUGACGACGAUCCUCAAGUUGCGGCGACCGAGUUUUGUAAAAAGUGGAACAUGUUUCAUUUUGAAGAUGCAUUGAAAGGCUUUGUUCAGAAAGAACAAAAGAGACGGCUUCGUAAACGAAGAACAAAAUGUAAAAAAUAA